CUUGUUGUUGUGUCGUACUGAGUCCGCAGCUACAGAAACAAGAUGUGGAAGAUUGUCUUUACUGUUCUCGCCGCGGUUUUAGCCGUCGGUUUAGGUGGUCUGGUAGGCGGCUUCCAGGACACCGAUGUGAACGAUGAAGGGUUGAGAAAUGCCCUGAAUUUCGCCGUCGUCCAACACAACAGGGGCAACAACGACAUGUACCUCAGCCAAGUGGCAGAAGUGGUAAAGGUUCAGCGACAGGUGGUUGCUGGCUCCAAGUAUAUCAUAACUGUGAGAAUGGCGAAGACCCCCUGCAGAAAGGACAGUGCAAAUGAAGUGUGUGCCAUCCACGAAGACCCAGCCCAGGCUCGGCCAUACGAGUGCACAUUUGAAGUUUGGAGCCGCCCAUGGUUGAAUGACAUCAGGCUGUUGAAAGAGGAAUGCUAGAAGAACUACGUGGGAGAACCUCAGCGUUUUCAUAUUUUGCAGAAUAAUCAUCAUGCAGAGGAACAUGUAUUUUCCUGUAGAUGAACAACAAAAGUAUUAAGCAUUUCCAUUUCCUUCCUAUACUGCCUCACUGUAUGCUAGAUUGAAUAACCUUUGAAAGCAUUUUUAAGAUAUAAGAAUAACCUAUGCAGUAUGGCAAAGUAGAAGUACAUUGACUUUUAGAGGAGCAACUUUUAAUGCACUAAACAAAACAAAUUAAUAAUUGUACUGAACUGUUGAUUAGCCUAUUAAAAACACGCUGUUUUAGAAUGAAAUUAAAUUAAAAAAGCAUGUGAACUUAAA